UGCAAUAAUUUCUCGUCCUCGUCCUAUUUUUAACUUUCACAAACAAAACAUCCACAAUAAAAAAAAGAGAAAAAAAAAGGAACGUGUUCCCGACGAGUUCAACUACUUUCUCUCUCUGCUUUUCCUUUCUCUCUCUCUCUUCAAUGAACCGAAUUGAAAUUACUAGUUAGCAUCAUCGCUCACACGAAAAUUGGUUCGAAACCUCUCUGUACAAACCCGCAUUUAUGCACUCUUCUCCCUCCUCUUAACUCUCUUACCCUUAUUCUCUGUCUGUUUUGGUUUAUUCUUUUUCUCUUUUAUAUUCUUUGUUAUGAAGUUACACGCUCCUUGUUUCAUUGCCUUUCACACUUCUUCGAUUUCAUGGAACACCCAUUUCUCAGGUGCUAGUGGGAAAUUUGGAGAAGUUUUUGGCAAAAAGAAGGGGUUUGAGGGUGUUGUUUAUCUUAAUGGGGAAAGGUGAUGAUGGACGCUGCAUUUUUCCUCUCACGAGUUUGCAAAUUGGAGACUUGCAAUCUUAUUUUGCAGAUCUUAGCAUUUUCCUCGCAAAUGAUAGUAAAAAAAUGUAUAUUUUGGUUGACAACAGACCAUGGUUGACAACAGACCUUGGUUCAAGGGGAGUACACAUUUGGCAAUUGAUGGUUACUAAGUCAAGGUUAUCUCCCUUUGUAUAUUCCAAAGCUCGAAGAGAGAGAAAGGAAGGCAAGGAGGUUUGUCCUCGAUCAAGCUUAAGUAAACCAAAGGAAUUUAUGAGAUGGUUCUCGUUGAUUGAAGCAGUGAUGUCAUCAAGAAAGAAAGUUUUGCUGCCUGUGAAAAACCUAAGGAAUUCUCUACAAUUGAGCAGUGAAUUGCAUAGAACUCUAUAUGGAUUUAUUGUAUUUGAAGUUGCGUGGAGCAGCGUUCGUGGUAUAAACUACUACAAUGAGCUUCAGACUGAUACAUCACUGGCUAUAGAAGCUAGACUAAUGAAGAGAUGGGAAUUUGACAAUAUAGCUCAAGCUGCAAGCUGUAUGUCUUCCUGGUUCUCAGGAACAACUUCUGAACAGCUGCUUUUGAAAGAGCACCUGGAUUCUGCCUCAGGGGAAAUAUUUUAUGAUGCUAGUGAAGAUUUUUCUGGUACUUUAUCCAUUGGUGAUGAUGAUGAUGAUGGUAACGUCUGCAGAAGUCUGAUUGUUGAAGAUAGUUCGGGUACCAAUGUUGGAGUAUAUUCUGAUGAUUCAGAAGAGACAACAGACAUGCUACACACACCUCCUCCUUCUGGACCCAAUAAGAGAAGAAAAUUAAUGAAUUCCUUUAGUGUUGGAGUUGAUAGCUACUCAGAAGAUGAAAUGGAUAACUCAUUGGAUUAUUCUCAGAGCUCUAUCUGUGUUUCUGAUGAAACAGUUGAAGCCACUGAAUAUAGCGAUGUUCUACUUUUAUUUAGGUUUAAUGAUCAUGACCUACCAUUUAAAUUUAGGGAAGUCAUAAUAUCUGAUCUGCGAUUGCUUACGUUGUUGGAGGCUGGUCUUCCAUCUUGGGUCAUCUUCCUUCAGUCAUAUCCAGUGUUGUGCAAUCUUUAUCGUCCUUGGAUGUGCCCACUUGCAAGAAUUUUAUACUUUUUGAUCUCAUUUGUUACUGUCCUCAUUGGAUUCUAUGAUUUAUACAAAAAUGUUCCUGUUCUUAAGGCAACUGCAUCUCGUAUAUGUGGGCCUCUUCUUGAUUGGAUUGAAACUUGGGAGAUGGUUUCAAGGGUCAAAUACUUAGGGACAAUGCUGUUUCUACACAACUUCCAGAAGGCUGUUAGGUGGUUUCUUGCCUGUACACAUACCAUGCGAUCCUUUUUUUCAGUUCUUGUUCAACCUCUUUUAGAGUCAUUGGUGGGGAUUUUUGGAUUUCUUCUCCCAAGCUUGAAGUUUUUGUUUGAUUUAGCAGAGAGCAUCUUUUCUGUUAUUUGGCUUGUGGUUGAUACUACUUUCGAUCUAGUGGGAAAUGUACUGGAGCUUCUCUUUUCACCAUUGUGGUUUGUCCUCAGUGUUGUUUGGAGCAUUGCUACUUGUAUAUUAUACCCUUUAUUUUGGGUUAUCUGGGAAUUACUAUAUGCUCCUGUGCGUCUUGUCCUGGCGAUAUUCAGUUUUGUGCCUUCCAUAUGUAUGUGCAUUUUUAAUGUGCUUGGCAACGCAUGGCAGUUUGUAAGUAGCAUUCUCCAGUUUGCAUCGUCUUCUGAGGCAGCAGUCAGUGCCUCUGAAGUUUCCAUGUGGCGAACUCUUUGGAAUGACCUUUUUUCCCAGAUUUUCCGUGCUCUCAAGAGCAUACUCUAUGGGUUUGUUGCCUUCUUCACAGCCUGCAAUAGGCAUCGACUAAGUAUCUAUAAUCAUGUACAGGAGUUUAUCAAAAGAUUGUACCGUACAUGCCAAAGAUCAAGGCAGGAAGACUCCAGAGACAGUGGAAAAACUACCCUGACACUGAAUUUGGCCGAAGGAAAGAAGAACGUUUGAUCGUAUCAUGUCUUUACAGAGACAGCUCUCUCUGUAUUGGAAAACAAAAUUGACAACUUUGACAAACCUAACAUCAACACGUCAUUUUCAGCAAAGCCAAUACGAUUACCCAUGACAAUUUUAAGAUUCUUUUCUUAACAAAUUUUUUGACUUAAGGUUAAAUUACUCUUGGGUCUUUCUUUUGAUUUAAUUCGAUCAACUUGGUACCUCUAAUAGUAAAAGGUCUAAUUUGGUAAUUUAAUUUUUAAUAAUGAUGUAAUGUGAUCAUUUCCAUCCAUUGAAGCUAAUGACAUUAAUUUAUUGCACAUGUGGUGCAAUAAAAAAUGAUACGAAUCACCAUGUAUACAAAAAUUUAAUGUCAUCAGCCUUAAUUGAAUGGAAAGAACAUUGUAUCGUUUUAAAAAUUAAGGGAUUAAAUUAAGCCUUUUACUAAUAGAGGAAUCAAAUUGAACUAAUUAAAUAAAAUGACAGAUAAAAGAGUAACUUGACCUUGAUUUUCACCUUUUCCCCUCUUUAACUACUUUCUUAUGAGUUUUAUAGUCCAAGUUUUAGAAUGUACAUAUAGUAUGUAUAGGACGCAUGUAAAGUUUCUUAAUGUAUAUUUUUAUAGCUCUUCACUGUAUAUUAAAAAUGGGACAAUUGUAAAAUGCACGAGUUUUGUACAGUUUACAUCCACAAAUUAUAAAAUCAAUUAGAAGCUUGAUUGCAUUUU